CGAUCUUCCGGAGGAGGAAAAGUACAAAACAUAUAUGUUGUGGGCACUGGCAGAUUUUGAAUUACUUGUGAAUAUAUAAAUUGAGCAAGUUUAUUAUAGAACAAUCGAUAUGUUACAUAAACAGGACUUAUCGACCUUGAAUGGAUCUAUAAUUUCUCGUAUUACAAAUAUUUCACUGGCUAAUAUCCUAUUUUUUAAAAAAAAAAUUUAGGAAAUUCAUUAAAUAAAUAAUCAAGCUUAUGGAUAAGCUUUCUCAAAUUAAAUUCCUUGUAUCUCUUCUUUUGGAAAGUGAAUCUUUAUUUCUCGCCCUAUAUUACCCGUUCCCCUUCACUUGUAUUUUCCCUCGAACUGCUGCCACCCACCUCGCUAGAAAAAAUUAGGUCACCGGCGAAUCCAAGCAUUCACCGGAGCUGCUGACCAGUGUCGCUUGGUGAAGAAGAAUAACUCCAUCGCCGCCGUGCCCAGGCUGAUCUAGAAGACCGGAGAGGUUCUUUCUACUUCGACAACACAACAACAGGUAUAGCAUUUACAAUCCUGAUCCAAAAAAACACAUGCAUCAUUUACAUAUUUUUUUCUUCUUCUUAUAUUCGUUCCAAAUCGAUUCAUUUUAAACCAUCGAUCAGCCACCUCCACGUGGAACGAAGACACGACCGCCAUCAAUAACAAAAGAAUAAAAAACCGACAACCACAUCCCAAACCAAACGAUUCGUUACGAUGAUUUUGUCCUGUAUUUACAUAAAGCCACAAUCAUUCAAAGCUCAAAGAUAAAAUCUUAAGGGUAAAAAGUACAAAAACAUAUGUAACGGUUAUAAUGACGGAGUUUACAGUUACCCGCCAAUAUUCAAAUAGGACAAUCGACACGCUACCUAAACCAAAUUCAUCGAACCUAUUUGAAUGACUAACAUUUAUCAUGUCAUCGUAAUUCCGAUUUCAAUUUGGUAAUGCUAAUUUUCAGACAAGAUCAAAAAAUUUCCGUGAGGUGAAACAGUAAAAAAUAAAAAUUGGGCCGUUGAGGUAACGAAGUUAAUGCCACCCCUUCUGUUGCCUAAUUACAAGACAGCCCAACCGCACGCCCAUACCCAGUCCACUCACAAACGCCAUGCAGCCCAUCAAAUUAAUAUAAUAUAAUUAUAUAAUAUAAUAUAAAGGAACCAAAAAGUAAAUUGACCGGAUAAAAAGAAAAUUCACCCAGCCAGGUUCCCUAUCUUACCCUCAUUACCUAUGCAGUUAUUACAACCCGCAGCACCCCGUUCCUUUCAGUAUGUCCUUUUCAGUUUUCACCCAUCACCGAACACAGGGCACCCCCGUCAUUUUCCACCGUCACCGAGGCUAAAAACGUAAAUAACACUUUCGAGAAACCCGAUAUCUCGCCCCCAUGAGAUAAACUGAUGGGUCCGUCGGUGCCAUAAUCCCCUGCUCACCCACCACACCCCACGACCGCCUAGCUAUCCGGGAUUUGCUGACGCAAGCCGCUUCCUGGACCGCUGGAUUGAAAAUCAACGGUGGAGAUGAUCGUCCACCAGGUAAUCGUUGUAACACGGGAUUGUGGGCACUCACCUGACGCAAAAAGGAAUGAAAAAGUGGGGCCCGCAUCAGUUCAGCUCACACUACUACUCUUUUAUAAGCUGAGCGAGCGAGUGGGACUGAGUGGAGUUUCCUGUUUUCUCUCUGGUUUUUUGAGCGAGUUGUGGGAGGGCGAAGGAAGGCGAAGGAGCUUUUUUUUUUUUUUCUUUCCGUUUCUUCUUUCUCCGUAGCUUGUAUUUAAGGUGACAUUCCCUCUCCCUCUCAACCCUCCGUCUUGCUCUUGUUCGUCGUAGCUAGGGUUUUUCCGCUCUCGCUCGCCGUUCUUUUACUGAGGUGAGUGAAGGGGAAGACUGGUAGACGAAGACUGUGUCUCUCCGUCUCGUUUUCUUGUAAUGCAGCUGGUUUUCCUGGUUUGGCUGGGCUGUGGUUUAUGAUUUUCGAACGAUGAGACGAUCGAUUGUGGUCCGGGUUGUGGAAAUUUUUUGUUUAUCUUUCGGUGGUUGUUUUUAGUAAUAUGGCCAUUGUUUGUGUGUCGGUUUGAUUUUGCGAGGUUUGGAGGCUGAUGGUGUACUGGUUUCUUGUGCUGUGAACAGGUUUCUAGCUCUGAAGGUCUGGUUCGGGAAGACAACACUGAUUCAUACUCUGUAGGUAUUAUGAUUUCCCCAUUUUCCCUGUUUGAGUGAUGUGUUGGAUGUGGUAUAGCUUUCUUCCGGGUUCGUAACAAGGCUGCAUGUCAUUGUAUCAUUCUGCGAUGGGUUCGUUUGUGUUUUAUAUUUGUUCAUUUGAUGGGUUGCAUCUUGCAUGCAAGGAAAAUUAUUGUUAGUUUUACUUCCGCUCUACCAUUUUAAGUGGAUUUGGUUGUGGAAGGGACGGGCUCUAUAUCUCUUCCAGUUCUGUUGUUUUACAAUUCUGGUUUUACCCUGUACGUCCAUUUGUCUGCUUUUUUUUUUGGUUUCGAGAGCUAGUUCUGGCUCUGGGCAUCUGUUCAGCAAAAUUUCUUGCUACUAUGGCAUAUUGUUCUUAUUUACGUUGCUUUUAGCGAUGUGCCUUGUUGUUGUUCUUUUUGGUCGGUUCAGAACAGUGUUGCAUGUUGGUUUUCUUCGGCUACAGGUUCCUUCGGUUGUAUUUGUAUUGUAUGGUUUCCUUGACGGGCUUGGUUCUGUGAUUUUACAAAUUGGGGGUUUCCUUUGCUUGCAUAUGUCUGUUUUUUUUUCUUGUGAGCUAGUUUUGGGCAUUGGUUAAGCAAAAAUAUCUUGCUACAUUGGGGAUUUGGAUUGCUGCUUGUGCAUGAGCUCUGAGAUGGACCAUUUAACCGUGAUGUGUCUUUUUUUUAAGACAAUGGACUCGGUGGAUCCUGAUGGAAGUGGUCUUCAGGAGGCAUUGCCACCUCCCCCACCUGUUCUUCCUCCGGAUGUGGUGCCUGUUAAACUUGAAGAACCUGUUAAGAAGAAGCCUGCUCGUCUUCCCAUGGCUAGGCGUGGCACUGGAACUAAAGGACAGAAGAUCCCCUUGCUGACCAAUCACUUCAAAGUGAAUGUGACCAAUAUGGAGGGCCAAUUCUACCACUAUAGUGUUGCUCUCUUGUAUGAAGAUGGCCGUCCUGUGGAGGCUAAAGGUGUUGGAAGGAAGGUUCUUGACAAAGUGCAGCAAACUUACAGCAGUGAAUUGUCUGGAAAGGAAUUUGCAUAUGAUGGUGAGAAGAGUUUGUUCACCAUUGGGCAACUGCCACUGAACAAGCAUGAGUUCACUGUCGUUCUGGAAGAGGUCACGUCUGCCAGGAACAACGGAAAUGCAAGCCCAGAUGCCCAAGGAAGUCCCAAUGAUACUGAUAGGAAGAGGAUGAGGCGUCCUUACAAUUCCAAGACGUUUAUUGUGCAGAUCAAUUUUGCUGCCAAGAUUCCCAUGCAAGCCAUUGCUAGCGCCCUGAAGGGGGUAGAAACUGAAAGCUCCCAAGAAGCAUUGAGAGUGUUGGAUAUCAUACUACGCCAACAUGCUGCAAAACAGGGCUGCCUUCUGGUACGACAGUCUUUCUUUCACAAUGAUCCAAAGAAUUUUGUGGAUCUGGGAGGUGGUGUUCUGGGUUGCAGAGGCUUCCACUCCAGCUUUAGAACCACCCAAGGAGGAUUGUCUCUGAACAUUGAUGUAUCAACUACCAUGAUCAUCCAGCCUGGACCUGUUGUAGAUUUUCUGAUUAACAACCAGAAUGCCAGAGAUCCAUUCUCUUUGGAUUGGGUUAAGGCAAAAAGAGUGUUGAAAAAUCUAAGGAUUAAAGUAAGCCCCACAAAUCAGGAGUACAAGAUCACUGGUUUGAGUGAGCGAAACUGCAAAGAUCAGCUGUUUCAAUUGAAACAGAAAGGUGAUGCUGAACCGCUGGAGAUCACCGUGUAUGACUACUUUGUUAAUCACAGAAACAUUGAGCUGCGGUAUUCGGGAGAUCUGCCUUGCAUCAACGUUGGGAAGCCCAAGCGGCCAACAUAUAUCCCUUUGGAGCUGUGCUCCUUGGUUUCCCUUCAACGUUACACCAAAGCGCUGACUAAUCUUCAGCGUGCUUCACUAGUGGAGAAAUCAAGGCAGAAGCCACAAGAGAGGAUGGGUGUUCUGUCGCAUUCUCUGAAAACCAGCCGCUAUGACGAGGAACCCCUGUUGCGCUCAUGUGGUCUGUCAAUUAGCAAUAGUUUCACUCAAGUUGAUGGUCGUGUGCUGCAAGCUCCUAAGCUGAAAGUGGGCAAUGGGGAUGAUCUAUUUGCCAGAAAUGGCCGUUGGAAUUUUAAUAAUAAGAAACUGGUGCAGCCUUCCAAAAUUGAGAGAUGGGCUGUUGUCAACUUCUCUGCAAGGUGUGAUGUACGCAGGCUUGUAAAUGAUUUGUUGAGAUGUGCAGAAGCAAAAGGCAUUCCCAUUGAAGAUCCUCAUGCAGUUAUUGAGGAAAACCGACAGAUGUCUCGUGCUCCUGCUAUAGUGAGAGUGGAGAAGAUGUUUGAUGAAAUCCAGUCUAAGCUUCCUGGUGCUCCAAAGUUUCUGUUGUGUGUGCUUCCUGAGAGGAAGAACUGUGAUGUAUACGGGCCUUGGAAGAGGAAGAAUCUUGCUGAGUUUGGAAUAGUUACACAGUGUAUGGCUCCACAAAAGCUGAACGAUCAGUAUCUUACAAAUCUUCUUCUGAAGAUCAAUGCCAAGCUUGGUGGUCUGAACUCUUUGCUCUCUAUCGAGCACUCUCCUUCCAUACCUAUGGUAUCUAAGGCUCCUACCAUGAUCCUUGGGAUGGAUGUCUCACAUGGAUCUCCUGGACAGUCCGACAUCCCUUCAAUUGCUGCGGUGGUCAGCUCUCGUCACUGGCCUUUGAUUUCUCGAUACAGAGCUUCUGUACGAACUCAGUCCCCUAAAGUUGAAAUGAUUGAUUCCUUGUACAAGCGAGUGUCUGACACUGAAGAUGAUGGAAUCAUGAGGGAAGCACUUCUGGACUUCUAUGUGAGCUCUGGGAAAAGGAAGCCUGAUCAGAUCAUCAUAUUCAGGGAUGGUGUUAGUGAGUCGCAGUUCAAUCAAGUACUCAACAUUGAGCUGGAUCAAAUCAUUGAGGCCUGUAAGUUCCUGGAUGAGAAAUGGAACCCAAAGUUUGUGGUCAUUGUAGCUCAAAAGAACCACCAUACCAAGUUCUUCCAGCCUAACGGUCCUGAGAAUGUCCCACCUGGAACGAUCAUUGACAACAAAGUUGGUCACCCAAAGAACUACGAUUUCUAUCUGUGUGCACAUGCUGGGAUGAUAGGAACUACAAGGCCCACCCACUACCAUGUUCUGCUGGAUCAGGUGGGUUUCCAAGCAGAUGAUCUUCAGGAGCUUGUCCACUCUUUAUCCUAUGUGUACCAGAGAAGCACCACUGCCAUUUCUGUUGUUGCUCCUGUGUGCUAUGCUCACUUGGCAGCCACCCAGAUGAGCUCUUUUAUGAAGUUCGAGGACACCUCCGAGACUUCAUCCAGCCGAGGAGGGAUGACGGCUGCAGGGCCUGCGCCAGUUCCUGCCCUGCCAAGGCUUGAAGAGAAGGUGGCCAACUCCAUGUUCUUCUGCUGAGAAGGUGGUGAUGUUGCUCAUGUGCUGGCAGUAAAUGUGAAGUGGUAGUGGAGUGGUGGUUUUACCCCUUUUGUUUGUGUACAUAAAGGGGGGAAAUCUGGAAGGUUUGUUCGGAUUUAGCCUUGGUAGUAUGAAAAGUUUGAACAAUGGUAGUAGUGAACUAUGAGAAAGAUGAACAAUGGUAGUUUUGCACUAGUGGUAGUAGUAGUAGUAACUAGUGUCUUAUGUCUGGGCUAUUUUGCGGUUGGAUCCUUUUUUGAUUGUUAAGUUUGCUUCUAUGCAAGCUAUAACAUAGUAAGCAGUAAAGCCCCAGAAUCUAUUUCAGAAGAUAGCAUCUUCUUUUGCCUUAUUUCCUCUCUAUAUUCCUUUGCCCCUUGGUCUUUGACAGAUCAGCCGUGUUCUGGGGGUUGAAGUCCGCAAUGUGCAAAGCU